UGUUGAUGAUGGCAAUGUAGCCGUCUGAUUUCUUAAGCGAGAAGAUGGACGGACGGAUGUAAAGUACCGUUGAGCUGCUGUCUUUAAGAUGCUCGGGUCCCGCAAGUGCCGGGUACCGGCCGUCGAAUAGCCGCUCGGGUUGCGAGCGCCACGCUGCUGCCAGCCAACGAGGUUUUGGCAGCGAACGAGGCGUCGAUCGGCGCGUGAUGGCUGGUCCUGCCCACGGCUCGGGCUUCCGUCCGGCUGUCGUGCGAUUGGAGGAGGAGGCGCGAUGAAGCAGCAGCUGAUGACACCCCGGCCACAAUAAUUGUGGCGUAACUCCACGACAAACGCAAAAGGCUGCCUGGACACGACAGCGCGUGGAUGGCGACCGUGGGAAUCAGAGUUGCCUCCCUCAUCCACAUUUUGUCGAAGACCUUUCCUGCGUGGCCGUUGCGAAUCCAGAAUGAGCCCAUUGGAGCAGACGGCGACUUGGGCCACGGAGCCCAAGAAGGGGACGGGGGAGGCAUUGAGGAGAUUGUGCUGUCUACAAUGGUAAACUUGCGGUCUCUUCUUUCAUCCGUCAGCGCUCGGUGGACUACGGAGCCCAGAUUGCGGUUAAGCGGUCGGUAGUCCUGCUAUUAUUUCUUCGGACGCAGAAAGUAAAAGAGAGGAAAUUAACGGAAGCCCCGGCCAUGGAGACCGAACCGGAGACCGUCGUCGAUCCCGCCCCUUCGACGGCCUCUCCUUCUUCCCCCGUCGUCAUCGUGGACGGCCAGGCCGCCGGAUCGGCGUCCGCGGCGGCGGGGGAAGGGAGCAGCGGCGACGGGGUGGUGCGCGAUGGACCCCCGAGCGGAGGCGGUGCGGCGGCGACGGAGGACCGGGUGAAAGGCCCGUGGUCGCCCGAGGAGGACGCGAUCCUGAGCCGGCUGGUGAGCAAGUUCGGGGCGAGGAACUGGAGCCUGAUCGCGCGCGGGAUCCCGGGGCGGUCCGGGAAGUCAUGCCGCCUCCGGUGGUGCAAUCAACUCGAUCCUUACGUCAAGCGCCGACCUUUCACUGAUGAAGAGGACCGUAUCAUUAUUGCUGCUCAUGCAAUCCACGGUAACAAAUGGGCAUCAAUUGCAAGGCUUUUAGAAGGGAGAACUGACAAUGCGAUAAAGAACCAUUGGAAUUCCACUUUGCGACGUAGAUGCAAUGAAGAAGCUGAAUGGUGUAAAACAACUGCAUCUGAUGCUUUGAAGGAUGCCACCAUUGAGAAAACCAAAGGUUCUCUGGAUGAAUCUCCCUCUUUUAGUUACAGCAAUUCCUUCAAAUCCUUGGAAGCAAGAGAAGCUAGUUUAAGGGAAAAUGCUUUUGAUGAUUCCAGAGAGGUUGUCAUCAUUAGAGAUGAAGAAGCUCCAAAGCCUGAGAUAAAAGACCCACCUUACCUCUACCGGCCGGUUGCAAGAGUGAGUGCAUUCAGCCCGUAUAAUCGUAUGCCUGGUCGGUCAGCUGGUCCUCAAGUGUCUAGGGGAGAUAAACUGGGUCGUCCGCUGUACGAAAUCUUUAAACCAGGUGGUGGCAUCUGUAAAUUGCUCAACAGUACUUGCUGUGACCCUCAAGUUCCACACCAGUGUGGGCAUGGUUGCUGCAGCACUCCGGCUAAGAGUCAUUCCGGUAGCUCUCUCUUGGGUCCAGAGUUCAUCGAGUUCGUGGAGCCACCACUGAUUUCAAGCGAUGAUUUGGCUGCCAUAGUGUCAGAUAUUAGCAGCAUCGCAUGGUUCAGAAGUGGCUUGAACAGUAGUAACACCAGCAUGUAUACUAGUCCACCUGGACAGGUAGAUUCACAAGGAGUACAUAUCUAACAACUAUAGCAUGGGAAGGAUCUCCAUCAUCAUCUCGGCAUCUUGAAGACAAUUUUGUAAGCUAUGUCAAUGAGCAUGAGGAAGCCGCAGUUAGCAUCAGAAACGGAGGGAAUCCAUUAAGAAUGACUGGAAGUUAAAGUCUCCAUUAGCGACGGUGCGAAAAUUGUCUCACAUUCUGAUGAUGCUGAUGUAUAAUUAGCGAAACAGAAUGGUUCAGUUGUCAGACUUUUCUCCGACAUCUACGAGUAAGAAGACGAUAUGAAGUACGAACCUUUGGAAAUUUUGGUACUUCUAGCCUUGUUAGUUCCUUUUUGCAAUUUGUGAUAGUUGUAGAUGAGGUCUUAAUACUUUUUCAUCCUUUUAUGGAAGGCAGUAUGCAUCUCUUAGCCUGAAAACUUUGAAGCUUUAUGGCCUUAAUAUCAAGCUUUAUAUCAUUUUCUUGUUA